ACAACCAGCCUAACAGCGAUGCUGACUUCCCACAAGAAGGAGUGGAAUUAGAAUAGGUCAACCUUAAAAAUGUACACCUCGCCUUAUCCCAUGGAUAUCCGUCUCCGGCGGUAAGGUCUCAACAAGCACGGAGCUAAUACAAAAAUUACUCAUAAAAAAUUCGUGCGUGACCAACCUCAAACAGUUGUCUGUUGGGCACUGCGGUCACGCUUUCAGGUCGCUAAUCCAAUUUCCUUUUCAGGUACCUCUAGAAGAACCCUUCUACGGUGUGGGCAACUGGUAAGUGAUAACCGCCCUCAUACCUGCAACAGCACUCAAGACCACUGUAUUCAUUCAUUAAAGCAUUUAUCUAUAAUUAUAGCUUUUAUGAUAGUUAAUGUUUACUGAUAUUAUUAUGUAAUAGUAUUAUUAUUAGUUGUUUACUCACCUUGAUUUCUCUUUUUUCUUUUUUCUUGUUUUGCCUACUAGAUAUUUCUAAUUUCUCAAUAUUGUGGAGCAUUACUUGUAUUAGCUUAUUUACAAUAUUUAAUUUAUAGUGGAACUAAAAAACAAUUAAAACAAGCGGUUAUUCAUGAAAUUUAUAAAUCUAAAACUGGUUGUGAAUUAGUUGAUGAUAAGCAUAUGAUAAUUAAUGAACAUCAUGAAUUAAGUGAACCAAAUAUAUUGAUAAAAUCAGAUUAUACAAAUAAUUCCUCACCAGUUAGUCCAAUUGAUAAACUAUCUGAUAUUGAAUCAACAACAAGUGAACGACAACUGACACGAUUAAUUCAUCUUUACAAUGAUAAUAAUAAUAAUCAAGAGAAACCUUAUAUAUCAAUACAUCCGGAAGGAAUGAAUUUAUAUAUGCGACUUGGAGCAGUUGGUUUUGGUUUAGGAGUAAUGAUUCAUGAUGGUUUCAAUUUGUCUUCAGUAUGGGAAGUCAGUGAUUCAGUAUGUCACAGUAAACUUUGGAUACCAAAACAUAUAAUAAGAAUAGUUUGGGUACUUUGGCAAACAUAUUUUGUGUUCAAAUAUCAUAGAGUUAUAUUACACCGUCAUCGAGUAACAGUACGUUUGUCUUGCAUACAUUUGGCUACAAUAAAUUUUUGUCAUUGGCUUAAAGUUGUCGUUAGUGAAGUGGCGUUAAGUUUAAAAACACCAGUUUCUUAUUCAUCAACAGUUCAUUCAAAUCAUAUUUCAAAUAUGAUCAUUGAAAAGCAUAAUAUGACUCAUCUUUCAUUGAAUCCUUACAAUGAAAAUCAUGCUCAAAAUAGUCAGUAUACCAAGAGUGAUACAUUAGUCGGAACAACAAAUCAUCCUAACAAUAGCACUAUCUCAAAAGUAUGCCUUGGUUAUUUGGGUGUUACACUGGAUCCAUUUUUAUUUCCACUAGCUAUUGAAUAUAGUUUAAUAACUGGGUCAUUUUUUUAUAAAAUGUUACAACGUUUAGAUCAGACAUUUCCAAAAUCAUUUAAUCGUACAUCAAAUGGUAGUGAAUGUCUCGCGUUGAAUUCAUCAAGUUUAUUAAGUCCAUCACCAACAUCAAUCUCUAAUAGUAUAAAUAAAAGUGAAUUUGAUAAAUUCCUUGAAGAUGAUGUCUCAGAACAACAACAAUAUCAUCCAGAAUGUACAAAACACAUGUCAUAUAGACCAGUAAUGGGAUGUAAAGUAUUUCUUCCACUAUUGAAAAAAAAUAAACUACCAAUAUUAAAUGGAGAUUACGCAGCAUCUAUAGUUGAAGAAAGUAAAGAAAUAUCUGAUGAUGAUGAUAAUAAUAAUAAUAAUAAUAAUUAUAAUGAAAAAUCAUUAAAACUAGAUACAGGUCAUCAAUGUCAUCGAUCACAUUCUGGUUUAUUUUUAGGUAUUAUGUUAUUAAUAGCUAGUAUUGUAUGUAUGGUAUUAUUUUUAAUACGUGGACGUAAUGGUUUUAAACAAUUAGCAGCAUAUAUUUAUCAAAAAUCAAAAUUAACAUUAUCAUCUAUUAGUUUAUUAGCUUGUAUUAUAGCAAUAAAACAAACAAAUCAAUUAAAAUUUCGUCGAUUAGAACGUGGUGAAAAUUUUGAAUAUAAUUUAUUAACUAUUGGUUUAAUUGGUUGUAUUAUAUAUCAUAUGUUUUUAUUUAUACCAGCAUUAGAAACAAUAAUACAUAUUAUAUUAUUUCAUUCAAAUGAUAUAAAAGAACAUUUUAUAUAUUUAACAAAUGAUCAAAUACAAUAUACAGCUAUUAUAUAUAUAAUUAAAUGUACAUUAGAAAUAUGUCAAGCAUUAAUACAAUUUUUUUUUAUUGUUGAAACAUCAAGACGUAAAGUAUGUUGUAUUAAUCAAUCAAGAAUAAAACCAGGUCGUUCUAUUAUAGUAUUUUUAUUAAUAUGUAAUUUAGCAUUAUGGCUUAUAAAUACAUUUGAAGUAAGAAGUGCUGAAACACAAUUACCAUUAUAUAGACAAUAUUUUGGUGUACGUACAUGGUCUGUUAUUACAUAUUGUUUUAUACCAUUAAUUAUAUUUUUUCGUUUUCAUUCAACUGUAUGCUUAGCUGAAUUAUGGACAAAAUUAUAUACAUUAAGAUAA